CUUUAUCUCGUGUUGAAUUUUCAGCCCCGGUUUGUUGCAAACGUUGCGCUCUAUGCGGUAGGCUACCUCAAAGAUGUUCCGCUUUUUCAAUAUUCUGCCAGCCCCCCUGCAGGUAUCUCCAAAUCUUGUCUUUGUUUGUGUUAAUGUGUACACCUAAUUUGUUUUUCAAUACAUUUUAAAACAAGUACACGUCUCCGGACGGUCGUUAUGCGACAUCGUAACAGAAAAUGUAUUCGACUAAAGUUGACUUUUCAAACCUAGAUGUGCAUGAGAUCAAUUUGCAUUCACCCGGUCUCCGACGUUACUGAGGAGGAAAAAAGGGCGAAAACUCUAAAAUAGAAAGCGAUUUGUUCGAACAAGCCAAGCUUGAGGUGAACGUGGUCAAAAUAUUGCUGCUUGGUACGUUUUGAGUGCGUGCGGUGUGUCCAUGUGUCUGUUGCAACAACCUGGUCUCAGAUCAUUUCGAAUUAUUCUGUAUCUAAAUCCGAGAGACUUUAGUACAUGAUACCUUUUGGUAUGGUUACAUAAGACCGAUGGUUACUUAAGGCAAAUAUGAAAGGAGUUUUGGUGGGUGGGUAUAAUGCGAAUUUAUAGAAACCCAAAGGUUGCUAGAUUGAAUCUCAUCACGAUAGCUACUCUGCAACUACUUAGCAAGUUAGCUAACCCUUCCCAGUGGUGGAAAGUACUUAAGAAAAAAUAUACAUUUCGAAUGCUUAGCAGAACAGGAAUACAGAUAUGCAUCUGUUGGUCACAGAUAGCUUAAGGUAGAGGGCUUGGAUCAGAAAACCAGUCAGUUUCUGGUGUGACCACCAUUUGCCUCAUGCAGUACGACAUCUCCUUCGCAUAGAGUUGAUCAGGCUGUUGAUUGUCGAAUGUUGUCCCACUCCUCUUCAAUGGCUGUGUGAAGUUGCUGGAUAUUGGUGGGAACUUGAACACGCUGUCGAUCCAGAGCAUCCCAAACAUGCUCAAUGGGUGACAUGUCUGGUGAGUAUGCAGGCCAUGGAAGAACUGGGAAAUGUUCCGCUUCCAGGAAUUGUGUAAAGAUCCUUGCGACAUGGGGCUGUGCAGUAUCACGUUGAAACAUGAGGUGAUGGUGGCGGAUGAAUGGCACGACAAUGGGCCUCAGGAUCUCGUCACGGUAUCUCUUCGUAUUCAAAUUGCCAUCGAUAAAAUGCAAUCGUGUUCAUUGUCCGUAGCUUAUGCCUGCCCAUACCAUAACCCCACCACCACCAUCGGGGCACUCUGUUCCCAACAUUGACAUCAGCAAACCACUCGCCCACACAACGCUAUACACACUGUCUGCCAUCUGCCCGGUACAGUUGAAACUGGGAUUAAUCCGUGAAGGGUAUACUUAUCCAGCGUGCCAGUGGUCAUCGAAGGUGAGCAUUUGCCCACUGAAGUCGGUUACGAUGCCAAACUGCAGUCAGGUCAAGACCCCGGUGAGGACAAUGAGCAUGCAUAUGAGCUUCCCUGAGACAGUUUCUGACAGUAUGCAGAAAUGUGUUGGUUGUGCAAACCCACAGUUGAAUCAGCUGUCCGGGUGGCUGGUCUCAGACAAUCCCGCAGGUGAAGAAGCUGGACAUGGAGGUCCUGGCCUGGCGUGGUUACACGUGGUCUGCGGUUGGGAGGCCGGUUGUACGUACUGCCAAAUUCUAAAACAACGUUGGAGGCGGUUUAUGGUAGAGAAAUGAACAUUACAUUUUCUGGCAAAAGUUCUGGUGGACAUUUCUGCAGUCAGCAUGCCAAUUGCAUGCUCCCUCAACUUGAGACAUCUGUGGCAUUGUGUUGUGUGAUACAACUGCACAUUUUAGAGUGGCCUUUUAUUGUCCCCAGCACAAGGUGCACCUGUGUAAUGAUCAUGCUGUUUAAUCAGCUUCUUGAUAUGCCACACCUGUCACGUGGACGGAUAAUCUUGGCAAAGGAGAAACGCUUACUAACAGGGAUGUAAACAAAUGUGUGCACAAAAUUUGAGAGAAGUAAGCUUUUUGUGAAUAUGGGAAAAUUCUGGGAUCUUUUACUUCAGCCCAUGAAACAUGGGACCAACACUUUUUACAUGUUGCGUUUAUAUUUUUGUUCAGUAUAGUUAGCCUAAUUUCAGUUUUUGACAAAAUAAGCUAGUAUAGUGUUGUGAAUCAUUGAACCAUCUAAACCGCUGUGAAAUAUAUUUUCCAUAACCAACAUUUUUUAUUUUAGCUGUUCGAAGUUUGGUGUACAAAACGAAAGUAAAAGACGCAAAAACAAAACUUAAGAAUGGGAAGCAUAGAAAUAGCGCACAUAGAACAGAUCUACCGCUUCUUAGACUUGCGUUCAAGUAGAAUAAUAGAUCUAAAACUCACGUUUUUUAUGUGAUUUUGGUCGGGUCACCCAAAAAGUUACAUAUUGAAACUUUUAAGUAUAUUUGAGCAAUUACAUUUACUUUUGAUACUUAAGUAUAUUUAAAACCAAAUACUUUAAGACUUUUACUCAAGUACUGUUUUACUGGGUGACUUUCACUUUUACUUGAGUCAUUUUCUGUUAAGGUGUCUUAUUACUUUUACUCAAGUAUGACAAUUGGGUACUUUUUCCACCACUGACCCUAACCUUAACCAUUUUAGCUACCCCUUCGCCUAACCCUAACCUUAACCCUUCCCCUUUAACCUAACUCCUAAACUUAACCCUAACCUUAUAAUGCAAACGGUUGCUAAAUCGAGUCUCAUUAUGGACAAUUUUAGCUAAUUAGCAACUUUUGAACUACGUGCUACUUUGCAACUACUAGCAUGUUAGCUAACCCUUCCCCCUAACCUUAACCCUUUUAGCUAACCCUUCCCCUAACCUUAACCCUUUAACCUAACUCCUAAACUUAACUCUAACCCCUAGCCUAACUAACAUUAGCGUGCUAGCUAACGUUAGCCAACUAGCUAGAAUUUGUAACAUAUAUGUUUUGCAGAUUCGUAAUAUAUUGAAUGUUUUACAAAUUCGUAACAUAUAAUAGAAAUUGUAAUUCGUAACAUAUCAUAUGAAAUGGGUGAUAGACAUCCACAAAUGAACACAUACCAUACGAAACAUAACAUAUCAUACUUAAUCCAGUGUCUCGGAUUUUAUGUACAGAAAAAUACGAAAUGCUCUGAGACCAGGUUGGUUGCAAAUCACAAAUAUGGCCAACCAUGUCACUGCAGAAUAUAUUGAAUGUAUUUAUUUUUAUGUGAUCAUCUAAGUUAGCAUUAGACUGCUCAGAUGUGAUAACUACUUUGUUCCAGGUGCUGCAGAGAGUGGUAAGAGUACCAUGGUCAAGCAGAUGAAGGUAAUCCACAGUCAUGGCUUCUCCAAACCAGAGUUUAUUAGCUUCAAGGUACUGUACACUUUAUCCUCCUUGGCAGGGAUUCUAGAAUGUGUUGUGGUAUUUGUUUUUUUCUUUAAAGGGUACUUUGUUGAAGCUUUGUUACACUACUUUCUCACUAUUCUAAAGAACCCAGACAGGUCCAUAGCAGACAGGUCCAUAGCCUGUUAUGUUGUUGGCUUAAUGAUGUUUCAACAGUCACAAUACCAUGAUCAAUGCAUACUGCCCUCUGUAGUAAUAGGGACCUUGGGUUUAACACAACAGGAUUGUAUACAAGGUAUGUAGGCUAUAUAUACAGUAUCUAUGAAAACAUUAUUGAAGCUCUAGGGCAAUCAAAACAUGCUUGUUAAGACUAGUAUAACAAACACAACUUUAUUCCCAAAUGGGAAAUGUGUGUGUGUGUGUGUGUACGUGCCUUCGGAAAGUAUUCAGACCGCUUGACUUUUUCCACAUUUUGUUACGUUACAGCCUUAUUCUAAAAUGGAUUACAUUGGUUUUUUUUCUUCAUCAAUCUAAACAAAAUACCCCAUAAUGACAAAGCAAAAAUAGUUUUUAGAAAUAUUUGUUAAUUUAUAAAAAAUAAAAAACUGAAAUCACAUUUACGUAAGUAUUCAGACCCUUUACUCAGUACUUUGUUGAAGCACCUUUGGCAGCGAUUACAGCAUUGAGUCUUCUUGGGUAUGAUGCUACAACCUUGGCACACCUGUAUUUGGGGAGUUUCUCCCAUUCUUCUCUGCAGAUCCUCUCAAGCUCUGUCAGGUUGGAUGGGGAGCGUUGCUGCAGAGCUAUUUUCAUGUCUCUCCAGAGAUGUUCAAUCGGGUUCAAGUCCGGACUCUGGCUGGGCCACUCAAGGACAUUCUACAAUAGUAAAAAAUAAAGAAACACCCUGUAAUGAGUAGGUGUGUUCAAACUUUUGACUGGUACUGUAUGUAAAUAAGGUAUUUCAGUUUUUUUAUUAUUUAUACAUUUGCUAAAAUGUCUAAACCUGUUUUCACUUUGUCAUUAUUGGGUAUUGUGUGUAUGUAAAAAAAUAAAUAAUCCAAUUUAGAAUAAGGCUGUAACAAAAUGUGGAAAAUGCCAAGGGGUCUGAAUACUUUCCCAAGGCACUGUAUGUAGGCCUACAUGUGUUUAUAAGGAUGAGCAGACGGGCCUAUUAAGUGUAUGAGGAAAUUCCAUGUCAUGGAUCUGGAAUGAGAACAGCUUCCCUUGACUAGCUUGUGAUGGAGGUAAUCCCUCUGUUUCCAUGUUUUCCUUCAUCUCAUGCUGUGGCUAUCUGGGCUGUAGCAGGGAGGUUUUCCUUCAUCGCCUACUGUAGCAGGGAGGGUGUACACCCCUAAUUCCCUCUUGUUUAACCAUGUUGCAAAAACAAGCGCCAUGGGAAGGGGAAAAAAAUUAAUGAUUGACGUAAAGGAUGGAAUUAAUUAACAGACCCACCACAAAUGAGAACAUGGAAAUGCUCUUUGAUUAAUAUGCUUCCAUUCUGUAAGGAAAUGCUCUUACUGAUGCUUAAUCGAAUAACUCUACUUGGGAGUUUAGGGAGGGAGUUUUUGCAUCUGGAUGUAUGGUGCUGGGGUUUUGGGAAGGCGAUUCUACAUGGAGGUAGAAGAGCAUUGGUUUGGUGUGGGUAAUGGUAGCUAUAUAAUGCUAGGUAUACUAUUCAAACCAUACAAGUAUGUAUUUUUUUAUUUUUUUUACUGUGUAUCGCCCUUGGCUAGGGGUCUGUAUAGGAGGGUGACACGUUAUUGAAAAUUUUACGUAGAACAGGCAUGAAUGUCUGUCUGGUAGAAUAGGAAAUAAUUUAAAUGAUUGUUCUAUCUGCAGUGUUGUGAAGAAUAGCCCAGUCCCAGUGCCCAAUAGUCACCCCUCUUUCUCGCUCACCAUCCAAAGUACUUGAACUGAAAAACCCUCCAUGAGUGAUUCCAUCAGACUACUGAACUUUCUUGAUUAGCUAACAUGUUUAUUGAUUUACUUUGUUUUCUUGAUGUAUUCACACUUCAGAUUGUAGCUGCCAUGUAUGCUGAAAUAAAACUCCAACUCCCUCCCUCCACAGGCUGCAGUGCUGGAUAACCUCCUGACCUCCAUGAAGUUUGUGCUGCGCGGCAUGGGACUGCUGUGGAUUAAUCUGGCCAACAAGAAGAACAAGGUGAGGGAGAAGAAGAGCUAGUAGCUAGUCUUGGAAAAUCAUCCCAUGUGGAGCUACUUACUGACCACCUUGUUAGUGCCUUUUGAUUUGACCAUUUAAAAUACGUAGUUACACCAGGCAACAGAUACGUGAACCACAACUAUUCCCCAUUUUACACGUUGACCUAACAGGAUCAUACAGUGUAACUAGUCAGCCCAGUUUUAGACAUAUACAGUGGGGAGAACAAGUAUUUGAUACACUUCCAAUUUUGCAGGUUUUCCUACUUACAAAGCAUGUAGAGGUCUGCAAUUUUUAUCAUAGGUACACUUCAACUGUGAGAGACGGAAUCUAAAAAAAAAUCCAGAAAAUCACAUUGUAUGAUUUUUAAGUAAUUCAUUUGCAUUUUAUUGCAUGACAUAAGUAUUGAUACAUCAGAAAAGCAGAACUUAAUAUUGGUACAGAAACCUUUGUUUGCAAUUACAGAUUCAUACGUUUCCUGUAGGUCUUGACCAGGUUUGCACACACUGCAGCAGGGAUUUUGACCCAUCCUCUCAUAACAUACCUUCUCCAGAUCCUUCAGGGUUUCGGGGCUGUCGCUGGGCAAUACGGACUUUCAGCUCCCUCCAAAGAUUUUCUAUUGGGUUCAGGUCUGGAGACUGGCUAGGCCACUCCAGGACCUUGAGAUGCUUCUUACGGAGCCACUCCUUAGUUGCCCUUACUGUGUGUUUCGGGUCGUUGUCAUGCUGGAAGACCCAUCCACGACCCAUCUUCAAUGCUCUUACUGAGGGAAGGAGGUUGUUGGCCAAGAUCUCGUUAUACAUGGCCCCAUCCAUCCUCCCCUCAAUACGGUGCAGUCGUCCUGUCCCCUUUGCAGAAAAGCAUCCCCAAAGAAUGAUGUUUCCACCUCCAUGCUUCACGGUUGGGAUGGUGUUCUUGGGGUUGUACUCAUCCUUCUUCCUCCAAACACGGCGAGUGGAGUUUAGACCAAAACGCUAUAUUUUUGUCUCAUCAGACCACAUGACCUUCUCCCAUUCCUCCUCUGGAUCAUCCAGAUGGUAAUUGGCAAACUUCAGACGGGUCUGGACAUGCGCUGGCUUGAGCAGGGGGACCUUGCGUACGCUGCAGGAUUUUAAUCCAUGACGGCGUAGUGUGUUACUAAUGGUUUUCUUUGAGACUGUGGUCCCAGCUCUCUUCAGGUCAUUGAACAGGUCCUGCCGUGUAGUUCUGGGCUGAUCCCUCACCUUCCUCAUGAUCAUUGAUGCCCCGCGAGGUGAGAUCUUGCAUGGAGCCCCAGACCGAGGGUGAUUGACCGUCAUCUUGAACUUCUUCCAUUUUCUAAUAAUUGCGCCAACAGUUGUUGCCUUCUCACCAAGCUGCUUGUCUAUUGUCCUGUAGCCCAUCCCAGCCUUGUGCAGGUCUACAAUUUUAUCCCUGAUGUCCUUACACAGCUCUCUGGUCUUGGCCAUUAUGGAGAGGUUGGAGUCUGUUUGAGUGUGUGGACAGGUAACGAGUUCAAACGUGCAGUUAAUACAGGUAAUGAGUGGAGAACAUGAGGGCUUCUUAAAGGAAAAACUAACAGGUCUGUGAGAGCCGGAAUUCUUACUGGUUGGUAGGUGAUCAAAAACGUAUGUCAUGCAAUAAAAUGCAAAUUAAUUACUUAAAAAUCAUACAAUGUGAUUUUCUGGAUUUUUGUUUUAGAUUCCGUCUCUCACAGUUGAAGUGUACCUAUGAUAAAAUUACAGACCUCUACAUGCUUUGUAAGUAGGAAAACCUGCAAAAUCGGCAGUGUAUCAAAUACUUGUUCUCCCCACUGUAUCUCUGCCCUUGGCCAGUGUCCUCUUCUUGAAACUUUAGUGCUCAGAUGUCAGUCUUGCUCUGGUAUUCUCCUAGCUACAUCCCUAACACGAUCACAAGUGAUUUCUCGAAGUUUAAAGGCCUCUUUGCCUGACGCAUCUUUCUUGACCUCACUGAUAAUGACAAAUGGGCACAGGGACUGGCAUUUAUCUUCUACAUCUGUCCCAUUAUGAUUUAGCUGGGUUGUUCAUUAGGCACCAAAUGGAAGAAAACAGACUGAGACAGGGAGGGACUACCUGGACUAGUCCAAUAAGAAACACACAUUUUUACAUAGCAAAACUUAAAUAAAUAAAAAAGCAUGCGUUUUUAAUUCUCUAAAGACCACAACCCGAGACAGGACAUUUUCAUUAUAUUCCCUGGAGUAUUGGUGAUCAUUAAGCCCUCUGCCUGUUGUCCCCAUGCAGGCCCAUGCCCGCUCUGUGCUGUCCUGUGGCCAGUGUUUUGGGGAGGACGGGGAGCUGCUGCCGUUUGUGGCCCUGUCUUUCUGUGCUCUCUGGGCCGACCAGGGUGUGAGAGCUGCAGCCGCCAGGGGCUACGAGUUCCAACUCAACGACUCUGCGCUCUAGUGAGUACCUUACAUGUAGUGUUGUCACCAUACUCCGUAUCACAGUACUCUGAAGUAUUAUCAUGGCAAGGAAACAACAUAUGGAGCGCAAGGUAGCGGCAGUGUUUCUCAUCUUUUUCACUGUCACUCGCAUCCUAUAAUUUAAGGUAUAGCAGAAAGCAUUUGACAAAAAGCAGGUUCUUAAAGGCCCAUAGAGUUUAAUAAUCUGCCUCGUGGCUUCUUUUCUUCUUUGCCAUGGAAAAUCAAGAAUCGUGCUACUGGGAUUGUGACGCAUGUUCUAUCUGCACUGUCCCACCUCAUCCAGACUGACUAUGCCGUGUGGAUCCUCCCAGGUUCUACAAGGGAAGCCUUUGCUUACUUCCUCGUCGAUACACACAUAAUGGGAUUGUAGCUAAAAAUACAUCCGUCACAGGAAAUGAUUAUCCUGACAUUUUGCUGAAUUGACAUUUUUAAUUGGUCCUUCAUUAUAAUGUAAUGCCUGCGGAAUAUCUUUGUAAACGUGGUGGUUGGUUCAAAAAGGACAUGAAGAAAGGGCAUGCAAAUUAAGUUUGAAAUGCUUGUCUGAUGUGUGACUAGUGUAUCUUGGGUAGUGAGCAAGUGAGGGGACGAUAACAGGGGAUUGUGUGCAUACUACGUAGUACAUACAUAUACAUACUACUACUUACAGAGGUGGGUUGUGACUGGGAUAAUUGGUUAGAAGACUUCUGACUGUCUGCGUUAUGAGCUAGGUAGCGACCAUGUGUCCUGCGUCACAGCAAUUCCGCUUUACUUUACCCACCACCUGGGGGGCUGUUGUUGGUAAGGUGGCAUUAGAGGGCAUGUAUGGAGGUUUGUUGGUAAGGUGGCAUCAGAGGGCAUGUAUGGAGGUUUGUUGGUAAGGUGGCAUCAGACUGUUAGAGGGCUAUGUAUGGGUUUGUAAGCCAGAGGGGGUGGUGAUGGAUCCACAUGUAUUGCAAUGUUACCCAGCUCCAAUUUAAUCUGCACCAGUUUGUGCCCGAUUUGACCUCUUUGAAGAUACUCCUGUAUAUUCGACUCACUUAUUUAGAUGGGUACUUAAACACCAUGGCGUCAUUCUCUGUAGUUGGAGGUGUGCAUGCGUUUUACAUGUUCUUAAAACAGACCCCUGCCCUGAACUGAGGUCAUGAUCAGAAUGGUAAUUUUUGUAUUGUUCUGGUGUCAUAGACACACGUCAUCUCCUGUGGGGGUUGAUCAGCUGUGUUUCUAAGCAUGUGAUAUGAUGGGACAUCGCACCACGUCCUUGGUGAGCGAUGCAAUUAGGCGCUUCAUGUGAAGCGUGGUGGGUUUUUACGACACUUUGUUUCAAGUGUCCUCAAAUCCCAAUUUAGGGCCUCUUUAUGCCUUGUUUUCAGGGACAUUUACAUUUGCUCAAUAGGGUGUUUUUCCAGUGAUCAAGUAAAGUGUGGAUUAUGAUGUAGGUUUGGGUUAACGGAGGUAGCAUUCUGCUCCGCUCUCUUUAGUUAUGUUUCACAAUGAUUUCAUGAGUUUGUUUGAUGGAAAAAUAGUUUUUUUUACCCUUAUUUUACCAGGUAAAUUGACUGAGAAUAUUCUCAUUUACAGCAACGACCUGGGGAAUAGUAACAUGGGAGAGGAGGGGGGAUGAAUGAGCCAAUUGGAAGCUGGGGAUGAUUAGGUGGCCAUGCUAGAAUGAGUGCCAGAUUGGGAAUUUAGCCGGGACACUGGGGUUAACACUCCUAUUCUUAACGAUAAGUGCCAUGGGAAUAUUUAGUGAAGACAAAGUCAGGACACCUGUUUAAUGUCCCAUCUGAAAGACGGAACCCUACUCAGUGCAAUAUUCCCAAUCACUGCCCUGGGGCAUUGGGAUCUUUUUUAACCAGAGGAAAGAGUGCCUCCUACUGGCCCUGCAACAUCACUUCCAGCAGCAUCUGGUCUCUUAGCCCAAUAAUGGACUAAAGCAGCCUAACGUUACUCCUUAGUCCAAGGACCUUACAUGUUCUGUUUAAAGGGUGAAUUGGCUCUGGAAGCCAAAAACGCCAAAUACUCCAUCUAAACGUGAAUUGAUUUUCAAUUGCGGUACAGUUCUAGAAACAUAAAUCCCUCUACCUUCAAAUUUACAUUUAAGUCAUUUAGCAGACGCUCUUAUCCAGAGCGACUUACAGAAGCAAUUAGGGUUAAGUGCCUUGCUCAAGGGCACAUCGACAGAUUUUUCACUUAGUCGGCUGGGGGAUUAGAACCAGCGACCUUUCGGUUACUGGCACAACGCUCUUAACCACUAAGCUACCUGCCGCCCUAUUUCACAUCAAAAUAAUUUCACACAUGCUAAAUACACACUGUUUUUCAGAGACAACACGUUUGUGGCAUCUGUCUUCCGUUUACAAACAGGAGGUCGGAGACGCAGAUAGCUAAUUAGCACAGGUAGUCCACUCUGUCUUCCUUCUGUUUUCCGUAAACAAGCGCUGUAAGGUGGAAAUAUGGCCAUGUGGGAACCCUAACCCUAUAAAGGUGUGUAUCAAUUUAACCUUUUGAUUUUGGAAAAUUAUUUAUCGCCGAUAUGAACGAUAAGUUCCUUAUGCUUCCAAAACCGUACCGCAAGCGAUGUGUUAAUGUUCAGACCGUGCGUCACGGAUCUUAAUAAAACUCUAACCUUCAGAAGACUCCUUCAUUCAAUGACUCUUAUGUGUAAUGUAAUGGAACUGAGUCAUGAUCAAGGGCUACUGGUCUCCCAUUCAGGGACCAACCCUGCUUAGCUUCAGAGGCAAGCCAGCAGUGGAAUGCAGGGUUGUAUGCUGCGCGCACACACACAGUGUACAAAACAUUAGGAACACCUUCCUAAUAUUGAGUUGCACCCCCUUUUGCCCUCAGAACAGCCUCAAUUAGUCGGGUCAUGGACUCUACAAGGUGUCGAAAGCGUUCCGCAGGAAUGCUGACCCAUGUUGACUCCAAUGCUUCCCACAGUUGUGUCAAGUUGGCUGGAUGUCCUUUGGGUGGUGGACCAUUCUUGAUACACGGGAAACUGUUGAGUGUGAAAAACCCAGUAGUGUUGCAGUUCUUGACGCACUCAAACCGUUGCACCUGGCACCUACUACCAUACCCUGUUCAAAGGCACUUAAAUAUUCACCCUUUGAAUGGCACACAUACACAAUCCUUCUCUCAAUUGUCUCAAGGCUUAAAAAUCCUUCUUUAACUUGUCUCCUCCCCUACAUCUACACUGAUUGAAGUGGAUUUAACAAGUGACAUCAAUAAGGGAUCAUAGCUUUCACCUGGUCAGUCUAUGCCAUGGAAAGGGCAUGUGUUUUUAAAUGUUUUGUGAGAGAGAAAGAGAGUAUGCUCUUAUCAGUGAAACAACAGGUGCCGGGUUCUGUCGUGAGGUGUUAAGUAUCUUCCCGGACUAAGGAAAGACCAGUCCACCAUGACGCUUCAUUUUCGGGACUCAUUAUAGUGUCUCCUACUCUGGCUGAGAGCGGGAGUUGUGAUGUGACAUUAAGGAUUACCUCCUUCUUCCCAGCUCUCUACCUCUCUCCUCCCGUUCUCUACCUCUUCCUCCCGUUCUCUCCCACUGUCCUCUCUCCUCCCGUCCACCUGUCAAUAAAGUGUCUUUGUCUGCAUCUGAAAUGGCACCCUACUCCCUUUAUAGUGCAGCACUUUCGAUCAGAGCCCUGUAGGCACUAGGGUUUAGGGUGCCAUUUCAAACACCCUUGAUAUGACUAAGGAUUACCUCUGUCCCAGUUCUCUCCCCUGUCUCUGUCCUCUGUCCCAGUUCUCUCCCCUGUCUCUGUCCUCUGUCCCAGUUCUCUCCCCUGUCUCUGUCCUCUGUCUCUGUUAGACCACCUGUUCUAAUUGAUCUCUUCCACAUGAAUUGGCAGAUCAGUCGUGACACACUUUGACUUUCUCUGAAUUUUAAGGGAGAGUGAAGGGAGGAAAUGACCAUAAAAAAAAUAAAAAAUAAAGAAUGCCAAGAGGUGUUUGUCAUUAACUGAACCCGUGUUGCUCUUUUUACAUGGACUCGAAGGCUCUGUCAAGUUUUUUUCCUCGUCUUCUCUCCUCUGCCGAUCACUGAUCUGGCAGGUCAUUUCAGGUGAAAGCAAUAUAAUGGAAACCUUUCCUGUCAUUUCACCCAUCGGUGGUGAUGAGGAGAGGAAGCCAUUUUAGAUUAUUGAGACAGGAAAGGGAGUGAGGCGAGGAAGCCAUUUUAGAGUAUUGAGACUGUGCAAGGGGCUAUUCAGUAAACUGACAACUUACAUGUAAAAGAGACAACUGUCUUUUCAUACAGACUUGUUUCUUUUGUUACAGAAAUGACAGUUGACUCAGACCUGCUCCUGACCUGUAGUUCUUUACUAUUCCACUGGGUUUUUAGAGGACGCUGAGGAACUGGAACUGUUGGCUUCUGUAAACACUGCUAACCCAAGCUGAAAAUAACUCUGCUUGUACAGUCCAUCCCCAUCACUUUGAAGCUCUGCUUCCAAACUCACGAUCCUCCAAGACAGCAGCCCAGCAGAGGAUAGCAGGGGGUGCGGGUGUCAUGACCGUACCCAGGCUUGGUGUCCUCUUUGAGGGUGCCAGGUUGGAUCAACCCCCCGCUGCAGCGGAGUCUGCCUGGAGCUCCCGCCCCUGUAGCCUGGGCCUCUGUGGCCCACUGAGAUGCCACUAUGGCCUGCCGGACAGCGGACAGUUUGGGCUUCAUGGCCGCCAGACCUGGGUUUGAAAUUGUAUUUAUUUUCUUUUGAAUACUUUAGCUGCGCUUAAUUGAACUUGACUGGCACAAUGGAACCAAUGGAAUAGCCCCCAUCCAUCCGGCACGCUCCAGGCCAGGUUCAUUCAAACGCUCACUGUAUUUGAAUGGAAACUAAUACUAUUUGAACCCAGGACCUGUUGGCCGCAACUCAAAAUCACCAGCCAUGUAGGGAGUGCUGCAUUCUGUGAGGGUGUGAGGGCUGAAGGAAUGGAGGGAGGGGCUGGAGGGGGUGGAUGUGCACCCUUGGUGGCUGACACGAAGAGACUGGACCGGAAUGUCACGGAUGCUUGGCUCGGGGAGGUGUAGAGUGCAGCGUGGGUAGGAAGGUGGUUGGCGGGAAGCCUCGCAGUCGCACCCUGUAGGUAUCAGUUUACCGCCCUUCGUGCCGUUCUCUACUGCGCCAGCUUGUGUGUGUUGCUCUGUGAUCAAAAGGUCAGCUCCAAUAUGUCUCAUGCUAUUCCUCCCCACUUAUAUCAACUCUGCUCAUUUGGCCUUUCCCUUCUAAUGGUUGUCUGUACCUUUUUAUUGUGACUUGUUGUUUUGAUGUGUUCUAAUGAUGAGUUUUCUCUCUUAUGGAAAGGACAUUGCUUUUAGAGCUCGGCUGAAACAGUCAGUCUAUGGUAAUACAGUUCUACCAUUAUACCUUCUGAGUAUUCCAGCAAAAAGCUUGCGUUUAUAAUGAUGGCUCAUGAACCUGAUUUGCAUACGAUGAGUAAAGGCCUCGGAGGUGUGUUGACACGGAACAUGCUUCAUAAUUGCAAAUUCUAGAGCCUUGGCAUUUCCUUAAGGCUUGUUGCGUUUUAACACCAUCCACAGUUUUGGAUGUUGUUUUUGACAAUCCCUCCUUUCUCAUCACUAUGGACAUCUUUUGACUCAAGUCCCCGUGGAGCCUACGGAUUAAGGGAGUUUUCUAUGAACACGUUCAACACAAAGCAUCUCACGGAAUACCUUUAGUGUGGACGUUUGUCUGUUCAAAUAGAUUAGACUGCUGGUCCUCUGGUGGUGGAACCCACCUAGCUAGCAACUGAGUGGACUGUCCUCUGAUCUCACUACCAAAUGACUGCUUAAUGUAGUUCUGUCUCUCUUCUGUCUCUCUCUCUGUACAAGUUACUCAUUAAACUGCCUCAGAGACCUCAUACAACUCAUCAUAUAUAUAUAUAUAUAUAUAUAUAUAUAUAUAUAUAUAUAUAAAACAUUUUUAUCAACAUUGCCCGAUAUGUUCUUCAGUUAAACCAUUUACACAAAGUCUUAAAGCUGAUUGUUUCCUUUGACUGCCUUUCCCAGUUUCUUUGAGAACAUAAGUCGGAUCAUCGCUCCCAAAUACAUUCCCACUGAGGUGGACGUACUGCGGGUGAGAGUGCGAACCUCCGGAAUCAUCGAGACUCGGUUUCCAGUCAAUCACAUGGUAUUCAGGUAAGGAAGGGUUUUCACUGGUUCUAUCUCGUGAGAAUUGCUUUGUGUCUAAACCAGUCCAUAAUUAGUCUACCCACCAAUCGUGUCCAAUACAUUAAUCUUGCUUUCUAAAUGUUAUUUUCCAAAUGUUCUUCUUUAAAAAAAAUGAUGUACACCUCCAUUGAGUGUAACUAACGACUCUGUUAGAAUGACGCCCUCUGUCAUAAGACAAUGACACCCAUUGAUACCUUCAGAAAAUAUUCUGCGUGAUCAUACAUUCUCAGUUCAGUCUCAUAGUGUUAUUUCAGUAGGCAUGUGGGUGGUGGUGUGAAUGGGUUUGUGGUAUGACUGUUUAGAGAGGGUAGGCGUCAUACUGACCACACUACAUGAUUACAGGCGAUGGGGUGGUAUUUCAAACAAUUUUCUGCUUGCCAACUUCCUCUGGUGAUCGUCGUCAUCUUAUGGUUCCUUGAGUAUGACCAUUUUCAAAUGAGCUUUAUUCUGAAUGUCCAUGGAGCUUCAUCUCAAACCAAUACAAUAAAAAUACAUGUUCAAAACAAUCUUCUGUAUCGACUCAUUCUAGUAAACUGUUGUAGUAUGAAGACAAUUUCCCCUCAUCGCUUCAUGCAUGUGUAUAAUAAGCCUCUGUAUAAGUCUGGUGUUUCAGCUGUGAGUGAUUGUAAAAGAAAUGGCUUCAGACAAGUUGUCACAGUUUGUCUCUGGUCUCCUGAUGCACAGAGCAGAAACUGUGCAAGAAGAUUGUCCGUGAAUCACUAUCACGUCAUAAGAGAAUGUAAUGUAUUCUAACAGAUGGCAACCACUUUCCCAACAUGCUGUUUUCCAGAGGCUUGAAUUCAUAAAUGCAAGCGUACCCAGACGUGCUUCAGCCCAGCAUGAAUACAAUAAAAAAACAUAAUAAUUACAGUAGGGCACGUCAUAUUGUGACUAUAUCAGAAAAAGAAAAGGAGUACUCGGAUGUCUACCAUGAUUUUAAAAUGUACUACAGGGGAAAACAGAAACAAUUACGUUUCGGCUUGUCAGACACCUUCCUCAGAGCCUUGAAUUCGCCUUUGUUCUUUUUUGGCUUGCCUUGCUGUGACGUGGAGGGGUGGGUGAAACUUAGUGAAUCAUGCCUCAGCCAUAUCACUUUGUUCCCACAAUGUGAUGCCAUGGACAAAGGGCACAAUGUUGCAUAAAUGAUUUAAGGCAUUUCUGUAAGCAAUUGGUAAUAUUCUAGUUUAUAUAGUGCUAAUAGGGUUUUGUGUUUCUAUGGAAUCAUUAAAUAUUGAGGAAAGUUUUGCCCCUUGGUUUAAUUUGUUCAAUAAUGAAAUGUAUGAGUUUAAAUCAAAUCCCCUUACAUCUGCAUGACAUUUCUUGUAAUCUCCAUGCAAUAUACUUUAAAUGCCUAUAAUUUCACAGUGAAAUGUUUUGCUGUCUCAUUCAAUUGGCCUUAUUGAAUAAUGAAUGUGGCCAAAUGUUUCAAAUGUGAAUAAUAGCCAGGGGGUGCCAAACUAUGUGGGUGGCGAAGGUGGAGUUUGCCAUUGUAUUGAGUACUGUAGGGGCGGGGGCGGUGAAUGUUGUUCCCCGCUUGCAAAAUGAGUGCGCCCAUUGAAACAACAAUUGUUUUUAAAUGUGGGGAUGGAUUUGGGCAGCUCCAAAGUUCCAUCUAUGAACUUGAGUGGUUACAUUUCUCCAGCUCUAUCCUUCAGCUUUAUAGGAAACCAAGCGCCAGGGCUUCUGUUCGACUGAAAAACAAAUGUAGUGUUUCAGUGUAGUAAACAGUUGAGUAGGCCUUCUGAUGAUCAGAAUCAUUUGUUUGACUGCACUUUUCCCAAAGUGUCUUGGUACAAAGAAAGAGCAUGCUGAUCUCCAGGGUGGGAGGGGGUUGAGUUAUGAACCGGCCUACCCUGGUGAUUGCGCUACUCUCUGGGCUCUGAUGUCCCAUGGUGGCCCUGUCUGGCCCUUCUCACGACUUAGCGAGGGGUGCCUAAGGAGUGCUAGCAGACAUCCCCUCACAGCUGAAAGGUUGAGACGGCAUACUGAGGAAUGAAUCAGACCUAUGAGAUAUUGAUGUCUCUCUCUCUCCUGCGCUCGCUCUCUCUGCGCUUCUAUGAGAGAAGGAAUAGCAACAGAGGUUUCCUCCUAAUGGCCACUUUAAAUCCCCUCCACCCCUUUCUCUCCUUGCUGAUUCUCCUUGUGCUCCAGCUUUCUGAACACGUCACAUCAUCAUGCUUCAGCUCCACUCUUGUGCUGUCGACGUAGAACAAUGAUCAAUGACACUACCAGGUAUUAGAAGUGGAUACAGUUGGGUGUAAAACGAAACUUCAGCAACGUUAAAUGUCAACUAAAUGUUUUUCUCAUCACGACAAGCAACACUUUUAUGAACGCGCAUCAGCGACCCAGUCAUGUAGCGGUCUUGUAAUGGUUACAAAAAUACUCUACCUCAAUGACCGUAAUCUCAGGGAUCGCUGCUGUAGCCUGGUAGUCCAGUAAAUAGCUAACUCCUCUCUGUGUUGCAUGUUUGUUAUGUAGCCUGGUAGUCAGGUAAGUAGCUAACUCCUUUCUGUUGUGUGUUCAUUCAUUGUAUGACAUGACUCCUACGGAAGAGUUGUAUGCAGUAUGGGACCAGGCUAACCUUGCUCUGCCCGGUUUUAAAACUAAAUGUGACCCCAAAGACAAACUGCUUAAUUGUCUAUGACAAGGGUAGUGUAAUCACACUCCUGGUGACCGUUCGAUGCAGAUUGGGCACUGUAUCAUAAUGACCUGUGUCACCAAGACCCUGAGCUUUACAGGGAUUCAACAUUGAAUACUAGUUUUCAGUUAAUAUUUUAAAAAAAAUACUCACCAUGCUCUACUCCUACUGUGUGUGCUUUAGACAAUUCUCAGAAGAGUUGUUUGCUACAGCACAUACAAUAAGGGACCAGACUACUACUUUACCCAUCUUGUUGUUAAUCCCUAGAGAUUGGAGUACAGUAGGCCUAUUCCUGAGCUCCUGUGUUUGCUUGUGGUGCUCAGUGUAAUAUACACUGAACAAUUAAUAGAAACGCAACAUGUAAAGUGUUGGUCCCAUGUUUCAGGAGCUGAAAUAAAAGAUGCCAGAAAUGUUCCAUAUGCACAAAAAGCUUAUUUCUCAAAUUGUGUACACAUUUGUUUACAUCCCUGUUAGUGAGUGUUUCUCCUUUGUCAAGAUAAUCCAUCCACCUGACAGGUGUGGCAUAUCAAGAAGCUGAUUAAACAGCAUGAUCAUUACACAGGCACACCUUGUGCUGGGGACAAAAGGCCACUCUAAAAUGUGCAGUUUUGUCACACAACACAAUGCCACAGAUGUCUCAAGUUUGAGGGAGCGUGCUUUUGGCAUGCUGACUGCAGGACUGUCCACCCAGAGCUGUUGCCAGAUAAUUUAAUGUUCAUUUCUCUACCAUAAGCCGCCUCCAACAUCGUUUUAGAGAAUUUGGCAGUGCGUCCAACUGGCCUCACAACCGCAGGCCAAGUGUAUGGCGUCAUGUGGGUGAGCUGUUUGCUGAUGUCAACGUUGUGAACAGUGCCCCAUGGUGGCGGUGGGUUUAUGGUAUGGGCAGGCAUAAGCUACGGACGGCGAACACAAUUGCAUUUUAUCGAUGGCAAGUCCCAAGACGGAACUGGAGUUGGAGUGGAGAAUCACAUUGAUUUUGGAACUCUCAUUUCCCUUGUGCCUGACACCUUGUGUGGAUAGAAGGACAAAUCAAUGAAAUGUGGAAGUUGGAAACAUUUGUGAUGGGUGGUUCUGGAGCUUUUACGUUUAUUUUUCCAGUCAAUUCUGUUCAACAUUCUGGACUAUUUUCAUGCGUUUGAAUGGAUAACUAAGUUCUUUAGCUUCAUUUGAUGUUAAUCACAUUUCAAGGUGACACAAUAUAAUUACUGAAAUUGAAGUUCUGUUAACAGGGACAUGAAAUCAAUUUUGUUUUCCUUGUCAUGUUGCAUCUGGACACUGCUGCCAAUAACUCUCUCCACAAGUGACUGUUCCACCUGUCAGAUCUUCUUAAGCUUUACAUUGGUAAUAUGAAGUUUGUCUCUGUCCAUCUUUCAUACACUAUUUAUGGCAUUUUGUUUCAGGGUGCUUUCAACCUUCUCAACCUCAAACUUACAAUGAUAUCCCCUGUGGAGUGUGAUGUAGAUCAUAUUUACAAGUCUUUGGAAAUUAAAUGAUUGACACCAGAAGCUGUAGCCUGUGUUACUUCAUUCUGUCACCUCAUGUCUGUGUCUAAGUUGUGAAUAAAGUUCUCUGUCGGUCUCUGGCCGUCUGCCUACCUACAGGAUGUAUGAUGUUGGUGGCCAGCGGACCAAGAGGAGGAAGUGGCUCAGCUACUUUGACUGUGUCCGGGCCGUGCUGAUUUGUUGUGGCGCUCAGUGGCUACGACAUGACCCUGAUGGAGGACCGCUCUAUGGUAAUAGAUAGUAUAUGCCAGUUAGCAGAAGGUAUGGGAGUUGGAGCUGUUCUUCAGUCUCAGCUUAGAUUAAAAGGUAGAGGGGGAUGUUGUGUACACUACAAUGCCUUCUCUACAUCAGAACAAUGUAACAAACCAGUAGAAAGGCCUAAAGCUCUGUAUGGUACCAUACAUAUUUGAACUAGACUUGAAAUCAAAAUAUUUGAUGUUUUAUCUGACAUUGUGAAACUUUGUUUUGUUCUUUUGAUGUCCAGUAUCAUUUAUUUUCUUUCCUCUCUCUCUCGCUCUCCCCCCCCCCUUCUAUCUCUGUCUCGCUCUCUCUGUUCAUAUCCCUCUCUCCCUGCUCUCUCUCUGUUCUCUCUCUUUCUCCCUCAGAACCGGCUACAAGAGAGCCUUGA